CGUCGCUCUUCAUUGCAGUCGUCGCCUUCGCUGGAGAAAUCACCGGCGCCAGGCAAACAGAAAGGAAAAAUCCGAUCCUUUUGCAUGUGUUUACUCAUUAAGGAUGAAGCGAGGGUAUGAAGAAUCUGCUUCAACCUCUGUUGGUCCACCUCAAUCAAAGCGUAGAUUUGAUACUCUUGGCGACACCCAAUUUUUUUCAGAGGAGGAUGAAAGCACAAAGAAUCUUGCACGAAAGGUGGCUGAGCAUUACAGUGCAAGGACAAAUCAAACUCUAGAGGAACGAGAAGCAAGUCCUAUUAUCCAUUUAAAGAAACUAAACAAUUGGAUUAAAAGUGUUCUUAUCCAACUCUAUGCUCACCGGGCUGAUUUUGUUCUAGAUCUUGCUUGUGGGAAGGGUGGUGAUUUGAUCAAAUGGGACAAGGCGAAGGUUGGAUAUUAUGUUGGCAUUGAUAUAGCUGAAGGCUCGAUAGAAGACUGUCGCACACGCUAUAAUGGUGAUGCAGACCACCACCAACAUCGCAAAAAGUUUACAUUCCCAGCACGGCUUAUCUGCGGAGAUUGUUUCGAGGUACGCUUGGAUAAAGUUCUUGAAGAUGAUGCCCCAUUUGAUAUAUGCAGCUGUCAGUUUGCCACGCACUACUCAUGGUCUACAGAGGUACGUGCACGACGAGCAUUGGCCAAUGUAUCAACAUUACUGCGUCCAGGUGGCGUCUUCAUUGGAACAAUGCCAGAUGCAAAUGUUAUCAUAAAAAAGCUUAGGGAAGUGGAAGGGCUUGCAUUUGGGAACAGCGUAUACUGGAUUCGCUUUGAAGAUGAAUAUGCUCAAAAGAAAUUUAAAGCUUCUAGCCCCUUUGGUAUCAAGUACACAUUCCACUUAGAGGAUGCUGUUGAUUGUCCGGAAUGGAUUGUUCCUUUCAAUGUCUUCAAAUCAUUGGCAGAGGAGUAUGACCUGGAGCUUGUUUUUGUGAAGAACUCCCAUGAAUUUGUGGACGAGUACUUGAAAAAACCGGAAUUUGCUGAGCUUAUGCGGAGGCUUGGUGCCUUGGGUGAUGGAAACCAGGACCAGAGCACACUGUCGGAGGAUGAGUGGGAGGUUGCUUAUUUAUAUUUGACUUUUGUCUUGAGAAAGCGGGGUCAACUAGAUGGCAACCGCAGGAGCAACAAUAAUAGAGGAAACAGAGGUCAGAUGCAGAUCUCAAAGGAAGACAUCAUGUACAUUAGUAGCAGCGAGGUGUGAGAGUAAAGUGCCAAGUUUGGUCCCAGAGAUCUCCAUCGCAAAAUAUAGGCCAAAUUGA